GACUAGGUAGCUCACGCGAACCCUCAGCCGCAGUGUCCCCCUCAAAAGACUACUACUCCUUGGCACCAAGAUGCCUGCUCUCCCUAGGAGUCGCUUCCCUGCACCCCGGUCGGUCGUGCUCUAUUAAGAACCCCCCGACAUCCGCAUAGUUUCCGAGAUGCCUCUGUCAUCUUCCAUCCUUCUCCCCGACGCAUGGCGGCCCCGUAUGCGAUCACCCCGACGGACCGGAGCGGUGUGAUUGUGAUCACCGCGACGCUGUUCAUGUCCUGGAUGCUCUUGGUGUCUUUGUUUCGGGUUUAUAUGCGGGUCGCCAUGAACGGACCCCCCGGGUGGGACGACGCGGUGGCUUGGAUCGGAGGGGCGAUUGGCAUUGGAAACGUGUGUGCCAUCAUGAAGAGCGUGUCGCAUGGCCUGGGACGGGCCGAUCCUAGCGACGGGGAGGACGCCAUCAAGGCGUUGUAUACCGCCGAGAUUCUCUUCCUCGCCAGCCACUGUGCGGCCAAGAUGUCCGUCUGCCUGCUGCUGCGACGACUCGGGCGCGAACGGGUCUAUCUCCGGCUGUGCAUCAUCAGCCUGACCAUUCUUGCCAGCUGGGCCGUUGCAUCCAUCCUGGCCGUGGCGCUACAAUGUGAGCCUGCCCACUCAUGGGAGCUCACCGGGUGCCGUUCCUUUGUUGUCGGCUGGCGCGCCAUCACGGCCUUUGAUGUGGUUACGGAAGCCCUGCUGGUGGGCCUGAGUAUCCGACUGGUGUGGGGGGUGCAGAUGCGCCGCGCCCAAAAGGCCACCGUCAUCGGGGCCUUUGGGACUCGCCUGCUGAUUAUCGUGCUGGUCCUUUGGCGUCAAUGCUAUCUCAACCAAGUCGGCUUCGAGCACUUCCUGCUGGGCAUAUCGGACGUGGUGGUGGCGACCGAGGUGCUCCUCCAUUGCAGCCUGAUGGCCGCAACGGUGCCCUGUCUCAAACCUUUCGUGAUUGCCUUCAACACGGGCUGGGGCCAGGGUGGGCAGAAGGAGGGCUCGUACCUGCGGUCGGCCACCAGCGGAGGUACCCCAUCACAGCCCCGGUCGCAUCUGCGCAGCGCCGACGACGAGAUCACUAUGUUGCCUCCGGAGGGAACGAGGGGGAGGGCAAAUCCAGGGGAGGGGGCCAAUGGGUUGGUCAUCCACGAGACGCGCGAGUGGAGUCUGCAAACCGAGUACAUUGAGAUGCGGCCACUAAAAGGCAGUGGAGAAGGAUAGGCAGUAGUAGGAAAAAUCAU